UACCAAUUAUGUCAAACACCAGCUUUCUAACCAACAAAUUUCAUCUUUCACUUUUGAAAUAUGUAGACUUUUAAAAUAAGUAACUUUACUGGAAAAUGUUGAACCAGGUGUCUGUGGAAGCCGUAUACUCGGCAACGUAUGUGGAAAAUUACUUAGAUUGCGUUGAAAAUCUUCCAGAUGAUCUUCAAAGACUUAUUUCAAGAAUGAGAGAGUUGGAUGUUUACUAUUUAGCGCACGUGAGAGAAGCUGAAAAUCAAACAGAAUAUUUCAAAAGUUUGGGAACAGAAAAUUCUUCCAAGAAAACCAGGGCUUUUAUAAGAAUGCAACAAGCUCUCAUUGCCGCACAGGAAUUGGGGGAUGAAAAAAUGAGCCUUCUGCAAACAAUUCUUGAUAAAAUUGAAGUAAAAACACGUCUUCUCGAUCAAGAUCAUAAAAACUUGGAUUUUGGAAAGGAAGAGCCAGCUGUGACUGAAAACAAAGAACAGCUACCGCCUGCUAAUAAUACUGCGAGCACACCAUCCUUAACCAAUAAUGAGCGUCCAACAAAACGUGCCCGGCGGACUCGUCACGAUACAUUCACCAGCGUCGACGCCAAUCAAAACGAAUCUGGUGCCGUCGAACACGUAUUAAGAAGUCAAGUUGCUUCAACCUCGACAAGCGCUACUGUACAAACUAAGAAAACACACGUGUCGGGCAAGAAAAAGAAACGGAAAUCACGUCAGAAUCAAACAGCGCAACGUGAAGAAUCGCCACCAAGAGAGGAGGAGCCCGUGAUCGAUCCGGAUGAACCAACUUAUUGUCUAUGUGAUCAGAUUUCGUUCGGAGAAAUGAUCAUGUGCGACAAUGACUUGUGCCCAAUCGAGUGGUUCCACUUUUCUUGUGUUACGUUAACGACGAAACCGAAAGGUAAAUGGUUCUGUCCGAAAUGCAGGGGGGAUAGACCAAAUGUUAUGAAACCUAAAGCUCAAUUUUUACGCGAACUUGAAAAGUAUAACAAGGAGAAGGAAGAAAAGACAUAGUUUAUAUUUAUUUUUAUUCUACAAAUUUUUCUAAUAUAAUAAAUAUGCUUCAUUAUUAAAUGCUAAGUAUAUUGA